UCCCUCGCACGGGACGAUUCUUUUUCUCUCCCUCUCUCACUUUUCACCGGGUUGCCGCCGCCGCCGCCCCCGCCCCCAUCGCUUCUCUAACGCUGCCCAUCAGAGGACAGCCGUUUCUCUGCUGCUUCUUCUCUCGCCCUGCUCCAUCCCGACCAGCGCCACUGCCGCCCCUUUUCUCUCGUCUACGGGCGAGCCGUCACCGGUGAGGUGAGACGUCGUCUCCCGGCCAGGACAUAGCGGCAGAGAGGAGCAAGGAAGCAGCAGGGGAAGUCCAAUUGGAAAAGUUAGUGGCGCUACAGAUUUCUUGCUCCCUUGGUCGACGGGGAUGCGGUUUUCGUUGGUGGUGAUAGGAGGGGAACAUGCGUGGCGGUGACGGGAGGACCAUCAGAAGAAGAGGAGGAUGGGGAACAGGGAAGGAGGCCAAGCGGGGGAGGAGAGACAUGAAGCAUUCAUUUCCUGCCGUUUCUCCAGGUGCCUCCAUCGCUAUCAAUCUCGCAUCGAGAUGUCGACGGCAAUUCCAUCAUACCCGGUGUGAAGAAAUAAGUGCGGACAAUCUAAUACCAAAGGACUUGGCCCUCAAAAUUGCAACCAAGAUUAGAGCUGGCGAACGAUUUGCAGUUUAUGUAGUCAUACCAAUGUGGCCUGAAGGAAUCCCUACCUCAGCCUCUGAGCAAGAUUUUUUUCUUUUAGCGCAUUCUGCGUGGCAGGCACAUUCAGGCAUGAUGGGUUCCGGUCCACUCUUCUGGCAAGACCCUCCUGGUGAACGAGCGUGGCGUCCUCAUGGAGAGCCUGCAAAUGGGGGAAUUUUACUACCUAAUUCUUCGCUUCUGGUGCUGCAUCCAACAAGAUGAAUGAUUCUAAUGAACAAGCGGGGAAUGCUACUUCAAGUUGAUUGGUUCAUCUUCUAUUUCAUUGCAAAAUCAACAUAACUAUUUACUUGUUCCUGUGUUUGUAGGUACUCAUAUCGAUCUAAUUAAUCAGCUCCAUAUCUAGCCGGUUAGAAGAAUGAGGGUUUCUGUAUAUGUAUGAAAGGAAACCAAAGAAGCUUGCAUUUCUGAUCAAGCUUCAAUGAGUGCUAGUGUUCUUGCUUUCCAUGUUGAUGUAUGUUACCUCUGGAUGAAUCGUCUUCCUGCUGAGAGUUUCCUCUUUCAGUGUUGGAGAUGUUGUAGCAGCUUACAAUUACUAGGAGAAAUAAGUUACCAAAUCA